UCCUCUCCUGAAAUCGAACGAUUAUAAAAAAAUAAAAAAACUCGUCGUUUGGCUUUCGAGGAUCUCCGGACGACGACCAUGGCGCCGAUUCUCAGAUCCACUUCCCUUUUCGCUUUGAUCGUCUGCCAGAUUUCUCUCAUCUUCUUAUUUGCUUCCACUCUUCCGAUCUCAUCUGGGUCUGAGUCUGAGGAGAGUUACACAAUCACGGGUAGAGUAAGGAUCCCAGCAAGCACCGUGAUUGGUCAUGCAGCUAAAUUCUCAAGUAUCAAAGUUAUACUCAAUGGUGGGCAGCAUGUUACUUUCCUCAGGCCGGAUGGAUACUUUACCUUGUAUACUACUAUUCCUUCUUCAAAUAAUAUCCACAAAGUGCCAGCUGGAACUCAUCUGAUUGAAGUUUAUGCAAUGGGCUACUUCUUCUCCCCAGUGCGAGUUGAUGUUAGUGCUCGGCAUCGUGGAAAGGUUCAAGCAACACUAACAGAAACCAGGAGGAGUCUUACUGAGCUGGUCUUGGAGCCACUGCGGGCAGAGCAAUACUAUGAGAUGCGAGAACCUUUCUCUGUAAUGUCAAUUGUGAAAAGUCCAAUGGGUCUUAUGGUGGGAUUCAUGGUCGUUGUUGUGUUCUUAAUGCCUAAGUUGAUGGAAAACAUAGAUCCAGAGGAAAUGAAGAGCGCACAAGAGCAGAUGAGAAGCCAAGGAGUGCCUUCGCUCACUAGCUUGUUACCCGCUAGCCGCUAAGCGUUAACCAACAGUCCAAGACACAGGGGUACCAGUUAAAAAAUUGCCAGGAUAGACUUGGAAGAAAUCAGCAUCAGCAAAUUCCUCAAGCGAUCUAACAUUGGGUUUACAAGGUUGGUUAGUGUAGAGACUGUUAUUGUGCAGAGACCUCUCAGACUGACCUAAAGUUGGAUUUUUAUUUUUAGUUUAUUUGAUGGUGAAUGUUUUGCCCUGUUUUAUUUUUUUUGGGAUGGAAAUGUCAUAAAAUCCUUUAAGAAAGAUACACGAAUUCUAAAAUAAAAUCUAUAAAACGUUCAGCGUGUA